AUGACGGCCUUCGAUACCUCGCCCGAUCCUGCGGACUGGGAGAAGCACACCAACGCGCGCGAAGAGACCGUCCACGAAGCUGCGGAUCGCGGACAUGCAGCCACUGACAGAUAUGGCAACGCGCUCGUACACUUUGAUCCUGCUGCUGAGCGGAAGUUGAGAUGGAAGAUCGAUCUGUACAUCAUACCUACGAUCUCACUUCUAUAUUUGUUCGCAUUCAUCGAUAGGGCAAAUAUUGGAAAUGCAAAGAUUGCUGGCUUCGAUCGUGAUCUCAAGCUCAAAGGUUAUGACUACAACAUUAUCCUCAGCAUCUUCUAUGUUUCCUACAUCAUCUUCGAGAUCCCGGCCAACAUGCUGUGCAAGAAGCUUGGACCUGGCUGGUUUAUCCCGACUACCAGUUUGCUAUUCGGUAUCUGCAGCUUUGGCACGGCCUUUGUCAAGACUCGAGCUCAGGCAUGCGGCGUGAGGUUCCUGCUUGGCAUCUUCGAGGCUGGCAUGUUGCCUGGAAUCGCCUACUACUUGAGCCGCUGGUAUCGCAGGAGUGAACUCGCUUUCCGCUUGUCGCUGUACAUUGUCAUGGCGCCCCUCGCAGGAGCCUUUGGUGGCCUCAUCGCAUCCGGGAUCCUCACCCGGGACAGUAUUGGCAGCCUCAGAACGUGGCGCAUGAUCUUUGUGGUUGAGGGUAUCAUCACGUGCGGUCUAGCUCUAAUUUCCUUCUUGACGUUGACGGAUCGGCCGGCAACCGCUCGAUGGCUGUCCCAAGAAGAGCGCGAUCUUGCGAUUGCUCGGGUGAAGUCUGAGCGUGUUGGCGUGACAGAAGUCCUGGACGAGAUCGAUACUGCGAAGACCUUGCGUGGAAUCUUCAAUCCCGUGACACUUGGGACAUCCCUCAUCUUCCUUCUCGACAAUGUCACCGUGCAAGGCUUGGCUUUCUUCCUUCCAACCAUCAUUCGCACCAUCUACCCGAAGAAUACUGUGGUCUACCAGCAACUACGCACAGUCCCGCCAUAUAUUAUUGGCGGCUUCUUCACCGUACUGUUCUGCUUCAUCUCCUGGCGCAUUGAUCGAAGGCAGAUCAUCUUUAUCGCUUCUGCGCCGUUAGUCAUGAUUGGCUACAUCAUGUUCCUCGCCUCGGAAGAAGCACUUACUCGCUACGGCGCGACAUUCCUCAUCACAGCCGGUGCCUUCUCGUAUGGCGCUCUAUGUAACGCUCAGGUCUCAGCCAACGUCGUCACCGAUACUGCUCGUGCGUCAGCAAUCGGGACGAACGUCAUGUUCGGCAACAUCGGCGGGCUUAUCAGUACCUGGGCAUUCUUGCCUUUCGAUGCACCUAACUACCACAUUGGCAAUGGUCUCAAUCUUGCAACCAGCAGCGCAAUGUUCCUUGUCAGUAUACUGGUCCUUUUCUGGAUGAAGUGGAACAACAAGGUCAGGGAGAGUAAGGACGUCGAUGCUGAGCUGGCCAAAGUGGAGACGAGGACGAUGCAGGAUCUCGACUGGAAGCAUCCGUCUUUCAGGUGGCGGCCGUGA